CGCAAAAUUCGUACUUUGUAAACAUAGAGGCUGUGAAGUUGUAUGAGAAAAUUCGAAAAUGCACAUCACAGGCUUAGUCUUGGCCAGAGGAGGCAGCAAAGGAAUCAAGAAUAAAAAUCUCGCUCUCCUAGAUAACCAGCCACUCUUGUUGCGGACACUGGGCAUAAUGCACAACGCUAAAUGUUUCAGCAGCAUAUGGGUUAGCACUGACAGCGAGAAGAUAGCAGAAUGUGCACGUAAGGGGGGAGCAAAUGUGCAUUGGAGAGCAGGAUUCACAGCGACUGAUGAUGCUCCCUCACUGGUGGCUGUGCAGGAGUUUGUGCAGUACCAUCCAGACAUUGAGGUGGUGUGUCUUGUACAGUGUACAUCGCCCUUUAUGAAACCAUGCUACCUGCAAUGGGGUCUACAGAAGAUUGUGAAUGGCCAUGACUCUGUCUUCUCGGUUACAAGAAAGCAUUAUCUCAGAUGGGCUGAAGGUAGUGAGGAGACUCUCCCACAGAACUUUGAUCCUCAUCAGCGUCCCAGUCGGCAGAACUGGGCUGGGGAACUGUGCGAGAAUGGGAUGUUCUAUUACACCCGAGUGGGUCUCCUGAAACAAGGACUUCUGCAAGGGGGACGAUGUGGAUACAUUGAAAUACCACCAGAGAAUAGCAUGGACAUAGACACACCUCUAGACCUCAUCAUUGCUGAGCAGCUAGUUAAUUACUGUGACAACAAACAAACUUGAUUAUGGUCAGGUUUUAGGGUGAAAUUUUUUUGGCCAACAACUUCUGCUGUGGUUGAUUGUUCUAAGUUGGUAUAGUACUGAUCUGAAAAGAAGGAUUUUCUUGAUAGUUAUCUGCCUUUCAGGUAAUCUGAUGAUGCCAGGGAUGGCAUGUAUAUACAUACCAUGUCCACUGUGAGUUUAUUUUAUUUAUUGUCUUUAUACAUAGAUGGCUCCACUUAGUCACUAAGGAGACAAUUACUAGUACUACUUGUCUCACCUGUUUACCCUUUUCCUUGAUUUUUGGAAAGAUUUUCUUUUAUCUUAUAUUGCUGUUAGUAAUGUGAAUAGCAUUAUAGUAAUCAUAAUGUCUAUAUUAAUAAUAACAUCAUCAACUUUGAUAGGGUUACUAAAAAAAAAAGAUCUUGAAAACACGAGGAAAGGUGAAAUCAGGUGAAAUCACGAGGUUGACUACCUGACUAUUUGGUAGCUUAAGUACUAGUGGAGCCAUCUUUAUGUAGAGACAUUCCUCAAAACAAAUUUACAGUGAAAACUGCCUUUUCCCAACAGCACUUGGUUAAUGGUCCAUACAAGAUAUUCAUGAAAGAAAUCCCUUGCAGAUACAACAUACAGAAGGAAAUUAUUGUAUGGGAUUUGAUGGAAUGAGUACUGGCUGACCUGAAAUGUUGGUUAAAGUUGUUGGUCCAAAUUUAUCUUCUCUCAGUGGUUGAAGAAACUGCUCAAGAUUUUUAUAUUUAAAGUUUAAAAAAAUGAUAUUGUCUUUCAAGAAGGUAAAGCUUUACAAUUGUGCCAAAAAAUGGUGAUAAAGUAUCAUAAAGCCUGAAGAGACCUUGAAAUGAUACUUUUAAAAAAUAUAGACAUAGAAACAAAAUAACUAGACUAGAAGAAAACAUAUUUGAAGAUAUUGAUUAAAGGAGCAUGUAAUGUCUUAUGAUCUAAAUCAUUGCUUUUAGUUCAUUUACAUUUUAUCAUUACCUCUCCUUAGCUUGAGCUUUGGCAGAUAUAUCCUUCUUCCAAUAAGUCUUUUUAGCAAAUUUAUAAUAUGUUUCUCAUCUUUUAGUCUUUUUUCAAGCAUUCACAUUUAUGCACCACAUGAUGAAAGGCAAUUCAUCAUAAUCUUCCACUGAUCAAUUAGUUAUAAUCAUAGCUUUGUAUAGGAUGCACUAUCUCAACUUGGAUUUUUAGGGUUGACUUUUUCUAUUCCUGUUUAUCUUCACUGUAGUGUAGAUUUAGAAUCUUUAAUUAUAUAUAAUUAUAAGUUAUUUAGAAUCCUUUUGAAAUACAUAUUAGAAUUCUCAGGUCUGAAGUGAGAGGUAAAACAAAACAAAAUACAAAUUAGAAGAAAAGAACAAAAUAGAAACAGAUAGAUAUGUCACAGAAGUUUCUAGGAUAGACAAUCAUAUAGUUAGCUAACAACUGCCACAAUUGUAAAUAUUUUUUAUUGUUAUUAAGCUUUAAGAUGAAUUUCUUGUUAGUAGUGAUAUGAAAGAGGCUGUAAUAUUCCAUUUUCUUUCAUAAAAAAUAUUUGGCUUAAUUAAAGACUUCAUCUUGAUACAACUUCCAAUAUUCUAAGUGAUUAAUUUAGUCAUUUUUUUCUUAGUCCUUAUGGAAUAAGCACAAAGCAUUUUUAGGGUAUUAGAUAAGGAGAGCAUUCAGUUUACAGUACUUUAGAAAACUAUAUUUAUGCUAAAUAAAGUAAGAAUAUACAACUGAAUACCCAAAUUGGUUUUGUGUUUUCCAUUCCCUACAGAAUCAACAUAAUGCAAACAAUUUUGACUGACACAUAUAGAAGAAAUGGUAUGAAGUGAGAAUAAGAUUCCUCACAGAGAUGUAUUUGGCCAGUUUUAAUUAUAUCAUUACCGCUCAAAUACAUGUCAUUUAUAUCACAUAUUUUAAACAGAUGUAAUAAAACCUGUCAAAAAACCUGUCAAAUAUAUCUCUUAUAUCUCUUUAUUUUCAUUCAUAUCUUUUCAGAUUAUGUAUGAUAAUCCGGCAGAUACUAGUUCCCAUUAGCAUUGAAAAGUCAAGGUGGAUUUGUAUUGGUUGUAUAAUGGCCUGUCCACACAAGGGGGCAUGGUUGGCAGAAACAUUGGCGGGCAACUAUAAAACUGACAUCACAGGUGAGAAAACAACAAGGAAACUAUUUGUUUACUGAGUAGUUUGUCCACCCGUGAAAUCAUCUCUAUAUGUGCCCGUCUGUGUUCAAAUUGAUCAUGCCCACAUGUAUGGGCAGGUCAUAAUUUAUACACAAGUUUCUCCCUCAAAACAUGUUGAACAUUUACAGUGAAUGUUACAUGGUUUAGGUAACUUUGUUAAUUUCAUCAAAGUUGCAGACAUAAUAUUAACCAUGACCUUUCUUUUUCUUUAUUUCCCUAAUGCUCUGAUAUCCAGAUGGACAACAGGAAAAACAAAACUGUACUGACACUGCCCUUGUUGAUCUGAUAUCACAGUAGAAGUUUAUGCAUUGUUGAUAUAUUACAUGUGCAUUUUGUGAAAUGAUUAUAUUUGAGCAGAUUUAAAAUUGUUCCAAAUUUCACACCUUUCUUUGUCACUAACUUGUCAAUGAAGGAUACAUGAUGCACUCUCCAUUUCCAUUCUUCCUAUUAUUUUAAUCCAUGUAUUAUCAAUGUUUUAUGUCAUACUAUUCCUUAUAUGUAGCUUUAUAAAGAAAAAUUGUUAACUUUAU